AUGGCAAUUCUUUCAUCGCUCACAUUAAUCCGCACGCUUUCGCUCGCACAUCUGAUUGCAGCAUAUUAUUUCCUCGUUGCGCCCCGCGUUGUCGCUGACAACAACAUCAUCUUCAUGUUGGGAGAGUCUAUGCAAAUGCAACACCCAACAUCACUCGAUGAAUCAUCCGAUGCAAGUGCUUUCAUCGCCGUCCUCCUCGCCUUCAUUAGUGUGACCGACCUAGCGGCGACGCUUCCCACAGCGACAAUCAAUCCUGGCGAUGGUGAACACGCGACUCGCGAAUACUGGCUGGCCAAUGUGCCGAUUAGGCUCACGUUUCUCUUCGCAUUGACCGGAUAUGUCUACUUAUUCAAGGAAGGUGGAAUGCUCGGCGUCCCAGAAGGGUUAGUUGAGAGCAUCGUUGGACCCGGAGACAACCUACAGAACAGCCUCGUCUUUUCUUUCGGGUUUCUGGAAAUCGCGGCUUGGUUUUGGAUCUUUACCAACUUGCGCGACGAGAGACGAGAGGCCGUAGCCAAGCGAGUGCAACAGAUGAAAUCCGAGGAGGAUAGCCUAUAA